GAUAAAGUGUCCAAAUGCAGAGAAAAACUCCUGCUGAAGCGACUGGUCUCCACACUGUUAUAAAGAUGGCAUUAAUUAAAGAGGAGAGUGAAGAUGUGAAGAUUGAAGAAACAAUUAGAGUCAAACAUGAAGAUCUGCAGGAACAAACAGACCUGAUGGUGAUGAAAAAAGAGACUCAUCAAUGGAAUGAAUUGGAGAAGAAACAGCAGUUUGAGAAACCCCAAGAAAUAACGACUGAUGAAAAACCCACACUGACUAAAAAGACUUCAUCACACAGAAGACCUCGAAAAUCCAAAUCUGCAUGUAAUUUCACUUGUCGUCAAUGUGGAAACUGCUUCAGCCGAAAACGCACCCUUGAAGUCCACAUGAGAAUUCACACUGGAGAGAGACCUUUUACCUGUAAAGAGUGUGGGAAGAGUUACAGUCAAAAAUCAAACUUUAAUGUUCACAUGAGAGUUCACACUGGAGAAAGGCCGUACUCAUGCCAACAGUGUGGGAAAAGCUUCUAUAAUACAGGAAACCUUGCAGUGCACAUGAGAAUUCAUACUGGGGAGAAGCCUUACUCCUGCCAUCAGUGUGGAAGGAGUUUUAACCAAAAUGGCACCCUUGAAAUCCACAUGAGAACUCACACUGGAGAGAAACCUUUCAUAUGCACAGAGUGUGGUGAAGGUUUCAUAUGUCAAAGCGCACUCAAUUAUCACAUGAUAAGUCACAGCAGAGAGAAGCCAUUUCCAUGUGAUCAGUGUGGAAAGAGCUUCAUAUGUAAAGCUAGCCUCAUGAACCACAUGAAUGGUCACACUGGAACCAUAGUGAUGUGAUCAGUGUGGAGAGAGUCUCACAUGUACAGACUCCAAUAAGAAACACAAGAUGAUACACUAAGGAGAGGAUUGUUGUAGAUGCAGUGAGUGUGGAAAGGACUUUAAUCAUAAAAGAAGCCUCAACACUCACAUGAAACUUCACAAUGGAGAGCAGAGUCCUCAAAAUUGAGACCUUAGGUAUUCAUUACUUACAAUUUAAGGCAACCAGUUUGUGUGUGUGUAUUUAUAUGAAACAUUUGAAUUUUUCUUUUAUUAGGUAGCCUACUAUGUUGGGUGUGCAGUCUGAAACAAUUACAAUGACAUAUCAUAAAAAGGCUUCUUUAUUUUACUCUUAGUAUGUCUAUACCUCAUCUUUGCUAUGACUUCACAUGUAAAUCACUUGCGCUUCAUCUGCGUCUGCUUACUGCACAAGCUGAACACUCCCCUGCCCCCCAAUUCCAUGUAAUGUAACCAUUGUGAGGGUGCAGGCGAGAUGUCAUUUUUUGAGAGACACUCAAAUACAUCACGUACACUGUGUGCAACAUCUAUAAGUCAUGUAAAUCAAACUAAAAUAAACAUCAUUUGAUUAUA